AUGAAAUUCCUAAGCGCUGAUGAAGUUCGAGCAACAUUUAUGGAUUUUUUCAAAGGAAAGCAACAUGUUUAUGUUCAUUCAUCAUCCGUUAUUCCGCUUGAUGAUCCGACUUUAUUAUUUGCCAACGCUGGUAUGAAUCAGUUCAAACCAAUAUUCCUUGGUACAGUCGAUCCGUCGAGUGAAUUAUCGAAGUUUAGACGGGUGGUAAAUACUCAGAAAUGUAUUCGCGCUGGUGGUAAGCAUAAUGAUUUGGAUGAUGUUGGCAAAGAUGUUUAUCAUCAUACUUUCUUUGAAAUGUUGGGAAAUUGGUCAUUUGGCGACUAUUUCAAGAAAGAAAUAUGCAAUUGGGCAUGGGAAUUGUUGACGAAAAAAUAUGGCAUACCUGCAGACAGACUUUAUGUAUCAUAUUUUGGCGGCGAUCAACGUGCCAAUUUGUCACCUGAUGAAGAAUGUCGACAAAUAUGGUUGGAUAUUGGAUUGCCGCCUUCCAGAAUACUUCCAUUUGAUAUGAAAGACAAUUUUUGGGAAAUGGGUGAUGUUGGUCCAUGUGGACCAUGUUCAGAAAUUCAUUUUGAUCGAAUAGGCAGUCGCGAUGCUUCAAAUCUUGUUAAUGCUGAUGAUCCAACUGUUGUCGAAAUAUGGAAUCUUGUCUUCAUUCAGUUCAAUAGAGAUGAAAAUGGGAAACUACAAACUCUUCCUCAGAAACACGUUGACUGUGGACUUGGUUUAGAACGCUUGGUCGCUGUGAUGCAAAAUAAACUUUCAAAUUAUGAUACAGAUGUUUUCCAACCAAUAUUUUCUGCUAUCCAAAGAGAAGUAGGAGUGCGCCCAUAUACAGGUCAUAUUGGUAUUGAAGAUGUUGAUGGCAUAGAUAUGGCCUAUCGAGUUGUUGCUGAUCAUAUUCGAACCUUAUGUAUUGCUUUUUCUGAUGGCGGCCGACCGGAUAACGUAGGCCGAGGAUAUGUUUUGCGGCGCAUUUUACGACGUGCAGUGCGUUAUGCUAUUGAGAAACUUGGAGCUUCUCCUGGUUUCCUUGCUUCUUUAGUUCCCGUUAUCGUUGAGCGCCUGGGCAACUGUUUUCCCGAAUUAAAGAAAGAUCCAGAGACUACAAUGGAUAUUAUAAAUGAUGAGGAAUCUCAGUUUUUGAAAACAUUAAGCCGAGGUCGAAUGCUAUUUGCUAGAGCAAUCAGAUCACUCAAAGUGGGUACCAAAAUGUUCCCCGGGGAUAUAGCUUGGAGACUUUAUGAUACGUAUGGUUUUCCUGUUGAUCUUACACAAUUAAUGGCUGAAGAAAAAGGGCUUGCUGUAGAUAUGGCUGAGUUUGACAUCUGCAAACAAAAAGCGAUUAAACUUUCCUCAGCAAAUGUCGGGAAAUUCCGUGAUACUAUUGAUUUAAACGUUCAUGCUAUUGCUGAUCUCAAAUCACAUGAUAUCCCUUCAACGAAUGAUUCUUUCAAAUACAAUUAUGUCUUUAAUGAUACUUUAGGCGAAUACGAAUUAUCGAAGUGUGAAGGAAAAAUUCUUGCACUCCGCAAAAACGGUGCAUUUGUGGAGACAUUAACUUCCGGUGAUUUGGGAGCUAUGAUUGUCGACAAAACUAAUUUCUAUGCUGAACAAGGCGGUCAGAUAUUCGAUACUGGUGUUUUAAAUAAAAUCGACGAUGAGGAAACGGAAUUUGUUGUGAAUGCUGCGCAGGUCCGCGGUGGAUACGUUUUGUUAAUUGGUGUUGUUGAAGGAAAUAUUUCUGUUGGUGAUAUCAUACUACAAACUGUUGAUAAAGAGCGUCGAUCCCUUAUAAUGAAAAAUCAUACUGGCACUCAUGUUUUAAAUUACGCUUUGCGAAAGGUUAUUUCCAGUGCGGAACAAAAAGGUUCAUUAGUUGCAUCAGAUCGAAUGCGAUUUGAUUUUACUUCUAAGGAAGCUCUUACUAUAGAACAGAUAAAGAGAAUAGAAGAAAUUGCUCAAGACUUAAUCAAUCGAAAGGUAAAAAUAUUUGCAAAGGAGAUACCUCUUGCUCAAGCUCGUGAAAUAAAUGGAUUACGUGCCGUUUUUGAUGAGAAUUAUCCAGACCCUGUUAGGGUGGUCAGUGUUGGAAUCGAAAUAGAAUCAUUAUUAGCCAAUCCGAACAGUGAUGCUGCCCACAAUACAGCUGUCGAAUUAUGCGGCGGGACGCAUCUGCACAAUGUUGGUCAUGUAGGUGAUUUUGUAAUCACAACUGAAGAAGCAAUUGCCAAGGGUAUUCGAAGGAUUGUAGCCUUGACAGGUCCAGAAGCUAAGCGUUGCAUACAACGCGCUAUUCGCAUGGAACAGAGAGUAAACGAGCUGAAUAAAAGCAUAAAGAAUUCAGAGGAUGUUGUAAACAAGGCAUUCCUUAAAACUGCAGCCAGUGAACUUUUUGAGGUCAAUUUGCAGGAAAUUAAUCGAUCGCAGUUGCCUUAUUUGAGGAAGGAAAUGAUGCGAAAUAUGGUUAGGAAUAUCCAACGAUCUCUGGGAUGUGCAGAAAAGGAAUCUUUAAACGUUUUGUCGAAAAAGAUCGUUUCUGAAGCCGAAGCAUUGAACAGUUCAUCCCUUGAUAACGAUAAGAAAUAUGUAGUACAUGUUUUCAGCAAAGGAGCCAAUGGUAAGAUAUUGGAUAAUGCUUUGAAAAUGAUGAAAAUACCAGCUGUAAUGGGUCUUUCAGUUAACGAAGAUAGUGGCAAAAUAAUUAUUAACGCGCGUUCAUUGCUGAAAGGCCGUAUUUCUGCGAAAGAUUGGAUUGGACAUAUUUGUAGCAACAUUGCCGGAAGCAGUGGUGGGGGUAAAGAUGAACAAGCACAGGCCACGAUUAACGAUUGUGAUCUUCUAGAUGAAGCUGUUCAACUUGCUGUAAGAUUUGUCCAAGCAAAACUUACUUGA